UGUGGCCUGCCUUGUGCAGGAGGUCAGACUAGAUGAUCAGAUUGGUCCCUUCUGACCUAUGAGUCUAUGAGUCUAUGAGCUUUCCCUUUCAGGACAGGGUAGUUUCUGCAAACAUCAUUUCACAACUCAAGGUAACAGAGUAAUUUAAGAUAGGAUUUACUUCAAAUUUAGAUAAGCACGUGCUAUUUCUUUGACAUAAUCUCUUUCUCUCCCCCCCCCCCGGGGCCCCUUAUUCACACCUUAAAAAGUAUUAAAUAAAAAAUCAUUAAUAGAGUUGGCAGGCAUCCCUGACAGGUAGCUUAAAAAAGAGGAAGAAAAUUACUUAGAGGAAAAGGUUAUCUCUUUAGUUUACUUGGGCUUCAAAGCACCAGUCUGAACUGCAGUUCAGGGGACUAAGUGAUAUCUCUAGUUGGUACCUUAUGCUGUCAGGCUAGUCAGCCGGCAUUGGUUUGGCCCCCUCCUUCUUAGGGAAAUAGGAUGAUAGGGGCAGCCCUUUCUAGUGUUGUGGUGACCUAGGAAGAUCAUCUGAAUCUUUACAGUUGCAAUUCUAGUUCACUCCAUCCCUUGGCACCUUCCCAGAGAUCUGAGCAAAACAGGAUCACCCUGAUAGCAUGGUCCAAUCUGAGCUGAGGGUGAGUGAGCUUGACUUUCGGUCAGACUGGAAAGCCGCAUCUCUUAUUGGCAAUUCUGUAAUGACAUACAUCAGUAGACUACAACUGAUUAAUCCAAUAAUAUUAAAAAUCAUGGGAUUAGUAGGAGUUGACUCACAGAUGUGGCCUAGCUUCCCUCUUUUGUGCAAGUACAGAUGGACGGUCUUCACAUGAUCUAUGUCCUUCAGUCAUCCUUCCACUCAUUCAUUUAAUUCUCACUGGGCUUUUUGCUGGUAAAGAAUUGGGAAACUAACAAUAAUUUUGCUUAAUUGGAUAAAGGCUCACCUCUUAGCAAAAGAGUUGUCAGAUUUUAUUCAUAUAAAUCCUAAUUAAACUAAGGAAAAAAUAUUGUUUCCAGAAUCUAAAGGCCUCAUUCAGAUAGGACAAUGUGGGGGAAAUGGGCCUAUUUACAAAAUGUAUUCCUCCAGUCAUUUCUAUGUUGUAAUGUGCACUCUGAUAGUAAAAUGUUCAGUUAUUUUUGAGUGGAUUUAUCUCUUCCUAUGCCUCUUUCAUUUCAGUCAGGGGCAUUUCACCUUCCAUUUUGGAAGUAAAUUUGUUUGGAUUGCUACAGUACUGCAAAUGGGAAGCUAAUAGAAGGCUCAAGACUACCAGACUUGGUGAUCUAGAGGCCUACAAAUUCACUGAUGCCUGUUCAAGUGUAACCUAUGUAAAAAUUGUCAAGCAGGAGAUUGACCUUUUCCAUAGGAGAGAGACCACUUUUAGGUAGGAGAAAAAUAUCUAACCAAGGGCAUGUUUUUUUUGUUAUUAUAAUCUUGAAAAAUGGAUAAGUUAAGUCUGAUUUAAGAAACUCCUGUAGGAAGCCUUCAUAUGCCCAAUGUUACAGUCCUGAAAAUAGCUCAGGUCUCCCAGGUCUGGUUAUACUCUGAAAAGUGACUCUUUACAAUGGCAAGAGGUGCCCUGUUUGCUGUAUCUCAAUUAUUUUUUAUAAAAUGCUCUUUGGUUACCACCCUCAAAAGAAUAUAUAUUCUAAUUUCCAGCCCUCCAAAUUCUACCUGGGAUUUGAGAUUCAACCUGGGUUCUUUACCUUUUUGUAUAUUACCACCAUUACCGAAGGUUCUACGGGCUUCAUUUAUGCCUUUCAACUGGGUUGCACAGGUAUAGCUGAGUGGUAAAUAAACAAUUCUAUUGACAACACACAGGAAGGAAUGGAAUCCAGCUUUUAGCUAUAUUAACACUGCAGGAUUAAUUGGCGAGGAGAGAGUAAAAAAUUAUGAAUCACAAAAGUAGGCAGCUGUGACUCUCUAACUACUCCCAAGGAGCAGAUCUGCUGAGUAAAGAACCAUUUUUACAAAGUUACUUUUCAAAAUAGGACCUUUUGGUCCUUUCAUUAAACAAAACUACAUAUGUUUUUUUUUUCUUCUUGAGAUUAGAGUUUUUAGAAUACAAAGCAGCACAAAGAAGUGUGAAUAAAAAAGGGAAUAGUUUGCAUAACAGGGAAACCACAGUGUAUGUAAAAUAAUGUGAUUUCUGAUUAGACCUUUCUGAAUGUCCUUCAUCAUAAAGGUGCAGAAUGUGCUAGCUGGCAGCCUAUAUUUAGAUAAGCCCGAUUUUAAGUGUGGAACACUUAGCAUAGAUCUGAGACGGAUCAAUCAUAAACAUGAAGCAGACAGUCUCUCAUGCAAGGAGGAAAAAAUACCAUUAAGAGUGAAAGCAAACCUUUUAUUAAGUACAAGUAGAUAACUAUACACAAAAUAUUUUGCAAUAGAGCUCAGCAUAACUAGUUACAGUUGUUACAAGUAUGAUGUAAUGAAGAAGCAUGAGUUUUGAGUAGACUAUAAUUUUUAUUGUGACACUAUAGGCCCCAGCUGGGAUUGGGGUAUGUAUGAAGAUCAUACCUGCCCCAAAGAGUGUUCAGUCUAAACAUUUGAGGACCCAGGCAACAAGUGGAGAAAAAACAAAUGAAGCUAGAGGAUAGGGUACUGGAGAAACUACCAUAUUUGGUAAUGCACUGCCUGAAACUCUUAACAAGCAGACCUAGCUUCCGGUAUUUGGUAUAUUGUAUCUUAAUGACUCUUUCCCUUUGAUUUUAUUCAGAGCUAUGUUAAUUUAUAUAUAUGCACCUUAAUUAUUGAAUAGCCAUAUAGAGAUAUCCAUACAGAUAUUUAUUUUUAGUUCCUGUAGCCUCCCAGAAUUCUCAAGGUUCAUAUUAACUGCUUUCUGCUUACUGAGAACUUAUUCAGAUGAGUUUAAAUGGAACCAAUAUAGGUGUUAAACAAUAUUUGUAUAGGAGAUUUCUAACCUGCACCAUGAUAAUAAAGGCACCAAGAAUGUAGCACUACAGCAUACUAUAGCCUACUAUCUUUGACUUUAUACAACAAGUCCACAGUUUUCACUAGACAUAUUUAACUCAUUCAGUAAAGGUCUGUACAUUUAAAGAAUGGAGAGGCUCUGUCAGGAUUCUGACUUGCAAAGAACACAACAGAAAACAAUCGUGUGCAUGGUCUGGGUAAGGGGCACUCAAACAAAGCAGCAAAAGCACAAUUUACACACCUUUUUAAGGUAAAGUAAUUGUAUAAAUAAUUCAAGUUUGUAUCACAGAGUGAGGGCCUGAUCUUGAGAGGUACUGAGUACCUGCAGCUCCCACUGAAACCAUUCUCAGAUUGGACCCUAUCUAACCAUAGGAAAUAAUCUUUACAACUGCUUAGGAACCUUUUGUGUUUUGAAGUCUAAAUAUUUACCAUGUUUCUGAAUGUUUAAACCGAAUGCUGGGGCUUAUGUUGGGAAAAUGUUAAUGGCCUAAUACUGUUCCCACUUCCUUCCGUGGGUGUCUUGUCUAUACUCUCCGAUGGGUGGGUGUAAAAUGAGACUCCAGGCCCCUUAAUGUAAGGAUGGAUUCUGCACGGUGUAGAUCGCCCUCGCCUGCCCCUGAAGCCACAGGAGUUGAUGGCUCGGCCCCCUUGAACCGCACACGAAUUCAGAUGACACUAUAGUGAUAGAGUGAAAUAAACGCCGGAAGUGUAAGCUAUACAUUAUUGCCUUCACUAUAGGCCCGUCUCCAUUAAGGGUACUUUUGUUCAAAAGCUGAAAUUGAGAAAUAGCGCCAUCUGCAGGAAUUUUUCUUAACACAUUUUUUAACCUUGUAACAAAGCCUGUCUUCACUACCAUUGUUUGUCCGGGGUUUUUCCCCUCUGCCCUACUGAAUCAAAAUAAAUAGACUGCUGCAUCCUUGUGCACCUUUCUUUUUUAAAUCACUCUGAUUCAACUCGGAUUUAUUUUGCAUUUGCUUUAAAUUAUAAAAUAACGUUCCUGACUAAUCUACACUGGGGCCCACAAAUUUGUGUUUGGCACCUAGAUAAACCGCUGUUCCCUAAUUUGGUUUUGACAAAGCCUCUGCCUGGUUAAAAAGUUCAGAUUCCUUGCUGUAGCACAUAAAUACUCCUCUUGUUGAUGAAGGGGGGGGGGGUUGCCUUCGCUACCUGUAAUACCGGCAGCAGGGUGUUACGUUUUGCAUGAAACUGCAGGAUUAAAAGAAUCUAAGCAAAUGCGGUGUGUUAUUGAACCAUUCUUUAGGAGAAGGCUGUAAAAUGAUCUUUAAGGCAUAAGAGCACCUAACAUUCAGACCGAAGUUCCAUAUCUAUUCGCCUUGAUAGAGAACUGAUUUCAAACCCCAAACCUUUUAUCUGUUUCCACUGGAGUUCUGCCCAGGUAAAUGUGCCCAGGUUUUGGGGAGUCGGGUUAGAAAGGGGGCUAAGGGAGAGAAAGAACCAUGUUUUUAUUGGUUUUGCAUUGACUUUAAGGCUCUGUGUGCUUUUCUAAGGCACAUCUGUGAGAGAGAGAGCUCAGCGUGUGCCACUGGUCCCCUUCCCUCUCCCGUCACUCAGCUGUCCCCUUUCCUCCCACUCUUACUCUAGCAGCAGCUUGAAAUAAUUAUGGUCCUGAUGGAUCCUUGCCUUCCAGCUUCGCUCCCAAUAGUUAGUUGAAUUGUUUGAGUGGAUCUUAACGCUGAAGCAAAAAAACCUUGCAGGCAGUUUGCAUGUACGUACAAAACCCUCUAAGGGAGAGGCGUGAGGUAUAAUCGUCGCCUGCCCUUCAAAGUGCUAAUUCACAGAAAGCACCGGAAUCGAACUCUCUUGCCCUUACAGGAUUGCUGUCCGAGGUGCUGAAACCAGCGCUGGUGUUCGGACAGCUAAAUGAGAGUGAACGCAAUGUUCUUACUAUAAAGCCUAUGCAGGAAUGUUCUGCUGUCUACUAGGUUGCCAUUUUUCUCGCUUUACAUUUUCGGCUGGAAACAUGGUGCCUGCUGAACGUGGACUAAAAAUACAAAGUUUGGUCUGUUUGCCUUGCAAUUCUAAACAGCACUUUUCAGAACUCAGCCUGACGGACGUUCGUGCCAUUUGAUGAUUUAUUGUUUCAGUCGCUGAAACAACUCUAUCUUCAGCUUGCCACUGAAAGCACUUUGGGUUCUAACAGUUUGACUUCUUCCCACUAACGAAUUUGCGUUUUUCCUGAGAGUAGGUGUAUAGAUAUUCUAUUUUACUCGAAGACACAGCUUGAAAAGUCUCGCGAUGUAGAAGAGCAAAUGCACCCAUUUCUAUGUUUUGUAUUAAUUUCCUAUAAGCAAAUAUAUUUAUUUACAAUUAUAUAGACAAUUAACUAUAAUGACAUUAUUCUGUCUCAUUUUCUGUAAUGAGCAAACGUUCUGUCUCAUUAGUUGAAACAUCAUUUGAAUAGUUUUCCCGAGAAUAGCUGGAGCUAUUAGAUCCUUUCAAAGUGUAUUUAAAAGAUGUUUUUUGGUUCCAAAUAUUUUAGUUGUGUGUUCAUGUCCUAGGCAGCGCGUCUUCACGGCAGAGCGAUCGAUCUGGGCAUUUGGUGCUGUCAUUCGGCAGUUUUGCUCUCCAAAUCGGAGAUUUUAAGGUGUUUUUUUUCCUUCUUCCAACCACCAAGUCCUUCAUAAAGGAUUCGUCUGAACCUUUUAUGCUGCUAACAUUUCUGACUGACGAACACUCAUUUGACCUCCAUAAGACGUUUCUUUUUCACCUUCCUGCAAAUCAUGUACCUGUCUUCUUUAGAGACAUUCGUAUCUAGUCAUACGUCUAGUUACUUCAACAAUUUGUAACCUACCGCUACAAUCCUCACUGGAAAUUGCUAGCAAAUUGCUAGGAAAACAUCUCCUUUAAAAUGUAAUGCUCUUCUUAGCCUUUUAGAGGCUAAAAACAAAACGCUUUCUGAAUUGAUCUAUUUUUAGCAAAAGGCUGUAGGUGGUAAGUCCUGGAUCUAAUGAAAACAUUUAAACUAAGUCAUAAAAAAACAGGUGUUCCUUGUAGCCAUGGUAAAGACCAAAAGAUUCAUCCAUCUGGAUCUUUGACGCCCUCUGGUGGAGACUCACAAAAAUAAUUACUCCUCGCUCGGGGGUUCGUAAAGAGAAAAAAUGAAUAGGGUAUAAAAUUCUGAUCAUAGUGAAGAGAGGGGGGUAUUUUUGCUAAGCACCACUUAAUGAAGACACGGUUUGAAAUUAUUGUUGAGAAAGCAUGUGUUAUAUGGUAGCACAGUGUGAUAUGAGUUAGAACAAAAGAGACUGAAAGGAAGAUAAAGUUGAGAUCAAAUAGCUUUCUUUUAAAGAGAUGAUUUUUUUAAAAUCGGCUGUUUGUUGGCAGUCACGACUGCUUCGUGUUUAUAUAAUGAACAUUUUUGGUGUGUUUGAAAUAAUCCUCUCCGUCUCGGAAAGAACUCAAUUGGUAUUUUUAAAAGAUGUACAUCCCCGAGCGGAAGUGUCUUUCCUACUAGCCCCCCUGCCCCUCUCUGAAAACGGAGCGUGUUGAGUACGUACGGUAUUACUCAUAGGUUCAGCCUUUCUGGGUGCAGCUUCGUGAUCUGGAUUCACAAGCGAGCUAUAAAGCCCCGAGGCGACCAAAACACCUACAAAUAAGUCACGUUAGCCUCGGAAGGCAACACUUGACCGCGUGAUUUCCAACCCAGCAAACUGACCUGGUCGAUCCCCCCUCACCCCCCGCCUGUCUGCCUUCCAUAUUGGAGCCGAGGAGGUGGUGGCAGCGGUGUGACUCGUGCCUGCGUCGGAGCAGACCAACCGGCGAUUCACGCUUUAAAAAAGCAAAUCCAAGUGCUUGUGGCAAAAGGUCAUCUCGAAUUAAAUUCCGAGGCGCAUUGGUAUUCCGACGUCGUUUCUGGCGGAGUUUAUAAGCUGCGUCUCCCACCCAAGGUUAGAAUUCCCCCGGCUUUCUGGACACUUGGAGUAAGUGUGGGUUCGCUCGCUCUCCUCCGCGUAAAUUCUUUACUGUCCACCCACCAGAGAAAUAUUGAAGGAAAAUACGGGACCAAAGGACUUUGACUUUCUGAAGUGAUGGCAUCCUCUGCUCCAUCCUCCUCCAACGCCAAUCAGGACUCCAACCCCACUAAUUUACGACCCACAACUUACGACACCUGGUGUGAUGUGGCUCAUGGAUGUACCAGAAAAAUUGGUCUCAAAAUAUGUGGGUUCUUGCAAAGGAACAACAGCCUGGAAGAUAAAAGCCGGAUUGUGAGCUCUCUCAAAGAAAGGCAAUCUUCCAAGAACCUGCUGGCUUGUGAGAACAGCGAGAGGGAAGCCAGGUUCAGGCGGGCCGAGACAGACUUCUCCAAUUUAUUUGCUAGAGAUUUGCUGCCUGCCAAGAAUGGCGAGGAGCAGACCAUGCAGUUCCUGCUGGAGGUGGUUGACAUUCUCCUGACCUACGUGAGGAAGACGUUCGACAGGUCCACCAAAGUCCUGGACUUCCAUCACCCGCACCAGCUGCUGGAAGGGAUGGAGGGCUUCAACCUGGAGCUCUCGGACAACCCCGAAUCCCUCGAGCAGAUCCUGGUGGACUGCAGGGACACGCUGAAGUACGGAGUCAGGACAGGUCAUCCUCGUUUUUUCAACCAGCUCUCCACUGGACUGGAUAUUAUUGGCUUGGCUGGUGAAUGGCUGACAUCAACUGCAAAUACUAACAUGUUUACGUAUGAAAUUGCACCUGUUUUUGUCCUCAUGGAGCAAAUAACGCUUCGAAAGAUGAGAGAGAUUAUUGGAUGGUCAAACAAAGAUGGUGAUGGAAUAUUCUCACCUGGAGGGGCCAUAUCCAAUAUGUACAGUAUAAUGGCUGCUCGCUACAAGUAUUUCCCUGAAGUCAAAACUAAAGGCAUGGCUGCAGUUCCUAAACUGGUUCUCUUCACUUCAGAACAGAGUCACUACUCAAUAAAGAAAGCUGGGGCUGCACUUGGGUUUGGAACAGAAAAUGUGAUUUUGAUAAAAUGCAAUGAAAGAGGGAAAAUAAUACCAUCUGAUUUGGAAGCCAAAAUUCUGGAAGCUAAACAAAAGGGACAUGUUCCACUUUAUGUAAAUGCAACCGCAGGCACAACAGUGUACGGGGCCUUUGAUCCAAUAGACGAGAUCGCAGACAUUUGUGAAAAAUAUAACCUCUGGCUCCAUAUAGAUGCUGCUUGGGGAGGUGGACUUCUAAUGUCCAGGAAGCAUCGUCAUAAGCUGAAUGGAAUAGAAAGAGCCAAUUCGGUCACAUGGAAUCCACACAAGAUGAUGGGAGUUUUGUUACAAUGUUCAGCCAUUCUGAUUCGGGAAAAGGGUAUACUUCAAGGUUGCAAUCAGAUGUGUGCAGGAUAUCUGUUUCAACAAGAUAAACAAUACGACAUAUCCUAUGACACUGGAGAUAAAGCAAUACAAUGUGGUCGUCAUGUGGACAUUUUUAAAUUCUGGUUGAUGUGGAAAGCUAAGGGUACAGUAGGAUUUGAAAAUCAGAUCAACAAAUGUCUGGAAUUGUCAGAGUACCUCUAUACUAAAAUUAAAAACAGGGAAGAAUAUGAGAUGGUUUUUGAUGGAGAGCCUGAACACACAAAUGUAUGUUUCUGGUACAUUCCUCAGAGUCUCAGGGGCAUACCAGACUCUGAGGAGAGAAGAGAAAAGCUACAUAGGGUGGCACCAAAAAUCAAAGCUCUGAUGAUGGAGUCAGGUACCACAAUGGUUGGAUAUCAGCCUCUGGGAGAUAAAGUCAACUUCUUCCGAAUGGUUGUCUCAAACCCGGCAGCAACUAAGUCUGACAUUGACUUCCUCAUUGAAGAAAUAGAAAGAUUGGGGCAGGAUCUGUAAUACUCUUGGCAAACUAUUUAUUCCUCUAGUCCACUGUUUUCCAGCAUUGUCUUUUUUACCCAGUUCUGCAGAACACCCUUUAAGGAAAUUCCCUUUCUAAAUGUUCCACUCUCCUAAGACACUCUAACACAAAAAAAUCUGUAGGUUACUGCAGAGGUGCUGGAACAAUUUGUAUACUGGGGGGUGCUGAGAGCCAUUGAACCAACUGUAAACCCAGUAUAUAAUGG